CGAUGAUUCACAACUCCGCAAGAUGUCUCGAAUCUCGCCAUAUUCCCGCUCCCGGCAGAAAUCCUGUGUCACAUGCGCCGAAGGCAAGCGACGAUGCAAUCGCCAAACUCCGCAGUGCUCGCGGUGUCUUGCGCGCGGGCUGGAAUGCGUCUACCUCAAUAGCCCCCCCACUCGAUCGCGCCAACAACCAGUCCUGGAUUCCACGUGCUUUCAAUCAUUUGAGUCACCAUCUGAGUCCCUGGAGGAUGUACUCUCCGCUUUUCCGCUCGAUGACCCCACCUUACUAUUCAAUGAUGCGGAAUUGCUCGCCUCGUGGCUUACACCCAGCCCGUCUAUCUCGGCCGUCCCAACAUUGCUCCCGGCUGGCUAUUACCCCGAAGUUACGGUGAUAGACAGGUGGUCAACAAGACAGCUCUUACAAAGUAUCAAAAGCUAUCCUCGGAUGUUCGCCCGCGGUCGCAAAACCCCAUUCAUCCACCACCGCCUGUACGACGUAUCUCUCCCCAAACCAAUGCAAGAUGCAUUCAUGGUCUCGGCAUGCUAUUACAGUCGCACGCCAGAAACAGAAGACACCGUACUGUCUAUCCUAGAAUCCAAAACAACAGACCUCCUCCGUCAGAACCAAAACCAGAGCACCGCGGAAGGCCUCCUCGCAGCAGUCCAAGCCCUCAUCAUAUUCCACACCAUCCAGCUUUUCGACGGCGACGUGCGCCAACGAGCCAUGGCAGAGCAGAACAUGGACACGUUGCGAGCGUGGACGAUGAAACUGCAGCUUCUGGCCGGAGAGCUCGGACCUGCGCCAACAUGGCAGGAAUGGAUCUUCGCGGAGAGCGUUCGACGGACGGUUAUUGUUUCUGUGUUGAUGGAGGGGCUGUAUUCGAUGCUAAAGGUCGGAAAUUGUACGAUUGUGAGGCAGUUGAGUGUUUUGCCCUUCACGGCAGGUGGCGCGUUCUGGAAUAUGAAUACGGAUGCGUCGUGGCGGUCGGAGGCCCAUCGCUUGGGCUCGGAGACGGUGCUGUAUGGGGAUUUUGCAAGGGUUUUUGAGACGGGAGGGUACUCGGGGAAGCUGGAUGCGUUUGAGAAACUAUUGCUGACGCCGUGUAUUGGCGAGCGGGAGAAGGAAAUCCUGAAGCAAGAGGAUGGAAACUAGCCAAACAAACUAGAGAUUAGGACUCAAAGGUCCCUUGCAUAGGGC